AUGGACACUCACAGCAAGGGCUUUAAACACGGUGAGUUACGUUUGAAUCUGCUUUUGCUCAAUUGGAGCUGUGUCUCAGCUACACUUCCACCUUCUUGUCAUGCAUCUCCAAAGAUCGGAGCACGUCAAGUCGCAUUCAAAACACCAGCAAGUGCAGUUCUUCUACUCGGAUCUCAGGAAGUGGAUAUUUUAAUCAAAGCAUGUAAAGCAAUUUAUGAAUUUGCAGAGGAAGGCGAUUCGAACAAGGUUUAUCUGACGGAGAAAGGGGCAUUGGGGCCUCUCAGUCAGCUCAUCACGCAUAGCAACAGAAAGAUCAGACGCAAUGCCAUCAUUGCACUCGGCGUCAUGGCUACCAACAGUAGGCUCACAUCACACGUGUUCCGAUGGCGCAAUGCAAAGCGCGUUCAUACUGCAUUUGGCGUUCAUGCAAAACAAAGCGGAGUCAAAUUCAAAAAAGCGCAGAAAUUUGGGGGGAUUGGUUGCAAGCCCAUUUUAUUUUAUGAUGACACUAAAUUAAAUCUUUCUGCUUCUUUCAACCAACCUUUCUUGACAAGUAUAAUAAAUGAAUGGUUUGGUUUAAUUUCAAUUGUGUCAUCACUCAAAGGUACAGCCAAGAGUGCCCUGCUAAACAUUGAUGUUAUUCCAUCAAUCAUUGACAGACUAUCACUGGAUGAUAUUGCUAUCCAUGAAUUUGGGACCCUGUGCCUUUCUGCUCUGUCCAUGGAGUCGUGCUGUCAGGUGCAGAUCAUUGAAAACAAUGGUGUGCCACGAUUAGUCAGCCUCCUCUCUAGUGCUGACCCAGAUGUUCAGAAGAACUCCCUGGAAACCAUCUUCAACUUGAUUCAGGACAUGCAAAUUUGCCCAGCUUUCAUCGAGUUAAAUGGGAUACGUCGACUCCUCGCGCUGCUGAAGUCAGUCUUCAAUGUCAUUCAGCUACUGGCUUUAAAAACAUUGCAGCUAAUCGCUGCUGAAGAAGACUCACAAAGCGCCUUCAGGGAAGAACGGGUAUUUGAUGACCUCAUAGAGAUCCUCAAUAAUAAGGAGAUAGUUGACCUACAUGGAGAGACUAUGCUCGUACUUUCCAAUUGCAUGAGUAACUUAGAAAGUUUCCGGAUGAUCCAGAAAGGAGGAGGCCUUUCUCUGCUGUUGGAGCAUCUUCUCAAAUUGCCCGAAAGCCAGGCAGUCUUGCAGAAAAACGGCAAUAUAGAAAUUCAAGCCAUUGCGCUCAAGUGCAUCGCGAGUGCUUCUCAGAACCCUGGAAUUCAACCAUAUUUGAACGAGCAGAGGAUUGAGAAGAUUCUGGUCGAUCUUCUGACUGGGGGCAGCGAUAGUGUGAAAGUGUAUGGUUGCCAUGCCUUUGCCUUCUUGAGCUCCUUCCAGCCUAGCAAAGUCCUCUUCAGAGAUUUAGGUUGCAUACCUGUUAUGGUUCGCUUGCUGAAUAGUAAGUGCCCAGUGAUCGUAGAGCAUGCUCUCCAGGGCCUCGCCAAUCUCACAUCCGGAGACCAGUUCAAUACGAUGGAAAUAUUUAAUGCCGGAGGACCUGAGAUACUUGUGCCGAAGCUAGAAGAAACGUGUCCUAAAGUGGUGGCCAAUUCCAUAACGUUACUCGGCAGGAUGGCGGGACAGGAAGCCAUCCGCUGUGAAGUGAUAGAACAUGGAGUCGUGCCAGCCUUGGUGGAGCCCUUGAAAUGGGAAGACACGCAAGUCUUGAUUAAUGCCUUGCUCUGCAUUUGCGAGCUGGCGUUUGAGGAUGACGCCAGAACACAACUGCGAGAGGCCGAAGGUAUCGAACCCAUGGUCAAUUUACUACGUUCCAGUCACACGGAGGUGUUGCGUAGCGCAUGUAUGGCAAUCAGUGUUUGCGCCAAGGAUGAGCCUACCGCUAUGGAGAUGUGCAAGUUUGGAGCCUUGGAAAUCCUUCAAGAAAUCAGCCAGUCGGUAAAUCGUAGGAACAAGUUCACAGAGUUUGCCUUGACUAGUAUGCUCAAAUACAACGUGUCACUCAAAUAUGGUCUGCUCGGAUAUUUGGCCUCUACUGAUGUCAUCACAUACGGCUUCUAUGAUACUGGGAAGGUUGGUUUUUGUCAGAAGGUUUUGACCUUAGAGGAACUGUGCAUGGAACCAGUAAACCAACUACGGCCUGUCAUAUUUGUCAACGCAAUCGAGAUGAGCGACGAAGGGCAACAAAAAGAUGAGGCCCAUCCAGAGUCUAGUCAAGAGAGAAAUCGUAAAUUGAUGGAUGACAUGGCAUUAUCGCUUCUAGUUAAAGAGGUCAAAGAGUCCAUUGAGCCUGUGAAUGAAGAACAGGAACAAUAUGUUGCUUUGGCCAGGUUUGUCACUGAAAUCAUGGGUGGAGCCAUUGAAAAGGAAGAUCUGGACACGUUUCCAUGGUUACAGCAUCUGGAAGAACUCAGGUGUAAACUGCAGUGUAAUGUAAUCCCUAUUGGCAUGAUCACAAAAGGAUUUUAUUGCCACAGGGCACUACUUUUCAAGUAUUUGGCAGACGGCAUUGGCCUGAAGUGUACCCUGGUGAGAGGUGAAUACAACCGAGCUUGGAAUGAAGUUCUACUCUACAAGGCCGAUUCCUGCAACAUUGAAAAUGUCUCACAGCCAUGUUGCUACAUUGUAGACCUCAUGCACCAGCCUGGAAACUUCAUGGAGGCUGAUGGCACUGCUGCGUUUGAAUAUGAAAGCUUAUAGAAGCUAGUCAGAGUAGGAACUAACUUGUGUCAUAAUUUCUUUAGUAUUUGUACAUUAAGAUAAAAAAAAACAAACACCCACAUAUGUUCUAAUGUUUUUAGUGGAA